AUGCGCGCUGCAACAAUUGUCCUGAGCUUCGCCAUUUUGGCCAGUUUCGUUGUGCGGCGCAGCGAGGCAGUGGCCUGUACAUCGUUUGCUCCUGAUCUACCUCAGGGUUGCACCAACUGUCAACAAGCAGCAAAUGCAAAUAAUGCUGACUGUACAACAACAACUUCAACAACAACAACAACGACAACAACUGAGGCAUCGACCAACUCUGUCGGAACAGGCGGAACUGGACCGCGAAUUGUGCGCAUUCGCAAUCUACAGUACACGAAUGUGCGGCGCGUCCGCAUCAAUAGCAAUGGGAAUGCUUUGAGCGGAAGUCAAUACAAUGGCAAUAGACGUGGAAACGUGAGGCGUGGCAAUGCGAGGCGUGGCAAUGCGAGGCGUGGCAAUGCGAGGCGUGGCAAUGCGAGGCGUGGCAAUGUGAGGCGUGGAAACGGUGUCAACGUGCGUGUGAUCAGGGUUUAA